AUGGCAACGACGGCAGAGACAACGGCGACAGUUCCGCGACUGGAGAUUGCGGACCUGGGACUGAAUGAAGACGACAUCAACUUUUCAGACGGCGUCGCUUGCGUCACUACAUAUUGGGCCUAUGCUAUGACGAUGACGGUCGCAGACCGCCAUAGCUUCUGUCAGAAAGUGCGCGACAAGAAGGCCUGGGCGCAUUCAAACACUUCCCGAGGGCAACCUUCGGGCCAUCGUAUUUACCGAAGCGCGCUGGGGAAGUCGGUCGUGGGAUAUCUCUUUUUGAUGGCGUUAUUGGCUUCAGUAACGAGAAGGGAAUGA